AUGAGAACUCAACGCCCACCUCCGCCGGCUCAACUCCGCCAGUUGAGAAUACUCCUGAGCUGCCUCAUUCUCACGACCACCAUCCACUACGCCCACAACUACAUUCGCGCCGAAGACUACCCUCCCGUGCCGGGUAUCUAUCCCACACCCGACGCAUAUCGCAUCGGCAUCGCAAUUCUCUUUCCCUUGCAGACUCUCUGCGGCAUCCGUGGCUACUACCUGUAUCAAGCUGGCCACGUUCGCAGCUCUAUUCCAUACUUAGCUUGCCAUGCAACGCUUGGCAUUCGCACACCAGGCCACUUCGUUGGCGGCGUACCCCAGAUUCCAUGGUUCUGGUUUAUAACCAUUUUCACGGAUUUCUUUGCCGGGGUUGCGUUGGCGGUUUUCAGCUAUCAGGCAUAUGCUGGUGGCAGAUCGGAAGGAUCUUUUUGA